AACAUAUUUUAUUGGUGCUUAAUACUCAAGGAUAUUGGACACUAUGAAGCAGCUUAUUGGACUCCUUAUGUUGGGAGUCGUUGUGCAAAUGAGCAUCGCAGAAGUGGAGCCUGAUCAAGAUAAGGAAUUAGAGCCCGCACCAAACAAAAAAGAUGUCAUCUUCGAAAUCAUGAAAAAGUUUUACAAUUCGAAACUAACAAAUGUUUCAGAAUCUGAAGUAGGGGAAAAACCAAUACAAUUAAAUGGAGAGGAAUUGACCCUGGCGUACCUGAAGAAAACUGAACAGAAUUGGGCGAACCUGCAGCAAUCUAUAAAUGAUUUUAAAACCACAUUCGGCAGUUUGCCGGAGAGAAUCACCCGUGUACACAAUGAACUGAAAGAAUUGGUAAACGAUUUUAAUUUUACCACGCAGAAACCUUAAGGAGUUUUCAAGAAACCUUGACUGGAGCCAAACCACGAAGAUCGAGACGCUUUUUUUCGGAACCAACAAGGAAACUGAGCGAUAGCUAUAGAAUUCGCAUAAUAAAUUCAAUAAAA